GUACGCAAAGGAGUACGCAGAGCAGGACAAGGAGUUGAUUCGUUUGAAACGCGAGGCUAGAUUGAAGGGUGGUUUCUAUGUGGACCCUGAGGCAAAGUUGCUGUUUAUCAUUAGGAUACGCGGGAUCAACGCUAUGCCCCCACAGACCAAAAAGAUUUUGCAGCUAUUACGUUUGCGACAGAUCUUUAACGGUGUCUUUUUGAAAGUCAACAAAGCCACAGUGAACAUGCUUCAUAGGGUUGAACCUUACGUUACCUAUGGUUACCCAAACCUAAAAAGUGUUAGGGAAUUGAUCUACAAGAGAGGUUACGGGAAACUCGACAAGCAGAGAAUUGCUUUAACCGACAAUUCUGUCAUUGAGCAGGGAUUGGGCAAACAUGGAAUUAUCUGUGCUGAAGACCUUGUCCACGAGAUCAUGACUGUAGGACCUCACUUCAAGGAGGCCAACAACUUCCUAUGGCCAUUCCAGUUGAAGGCACCUUUGGGUGGACUCAAGAAGAAGAGGAAUCACUAUGUUGAAGGUGGUGAUGCCGGUAACCGCGAGAACUUCAUUAAUGAGCUCAUCAGGAGGAUGAACUAAAGAGCCUGAAAUUUUGUGUUUUUAGGCAUUUAAGUGAACCAACCGUUUCAGAUUUCUGCUAUUUGAGCUGCCAUUUUGAAUUAUGAUAGUAUACGACAUUAAUUUUUGUUUUGACCAUCUUAUUGUGUUGGAUUUUGAAUUUAUGUUCAUCUCGUUUAAAGGCUGUCUUUUUUAAUGUCCUUCAA